AAUAUUUUCAGCGUUGUGAUCAUCCUCCCUCUGUGGUUUUGCACAACGAAUCAUUCAAUAUGGCGGCCCACAGGAUAGCAUGUUUAGGGUUAAAUGCCCUUUAUUCCACUGUCUGCGCCCCGAAGCAGGCCCUGAGGAGCUGCUGGGGGGCGGUGGAGCAGGUGAGAGGUUACUACGUUGACUGGAGGAUGCUGAGGGACCUAAAGAGAAGACAGAUGGCCUUUGACUAUGCCGAUGAGAGGCUACGGAUCAAUGCACUGAGGAAGAACACCAUCCUACCCAAAGAGCUUCAGGAGGUUGCGGAUAAAGAAAUUGCAGCAUUACCAAGGGACAGCUGCCCUGUGAGAAUACGCAACAGGUGUGUGAUGACCUCCAGACCUCGGGGAGUGAAGCGAAGGUGGCGACUCAGCCGGAUUGUUUUCCGUCAUUUAGCUGACCACAACCAGAUGUCUGGGAUUCUGAGGGCAAGGUGGUGACUAGGGAUCCACUGGACACUCCAGCUGGAAGAGCAGGACAUCGGCAUCCAAUACAGACUUGUUUUGGCCUUUUAGUGUCUGGAGUCUUUAGCGGUAUUGACUAAAAACCUGGAAGGUGUUAAUGUUUAAAGUGAAUCUGCAGCAUAUCUUCAGUAUUUGUUAUAUGCUGAAGAGGACAUGAAUAUAUCCUUUCUGUAGAUUAUGUUUGUCCGGUUAGUAAGUUGCUUGUUUUCUUAUGGCUCUUCUAAAUGCGAAAAACAAAAUACAUAUUAUUUAAAGAGAAAAUGACAAUGUGACUCCUCAGAAGAGCAAGUGUUCAUGUAACUUACUGUACCCAGAAAUGGAUGAAUAAAUAUUGUUGUACAUUAUUUUUUUUUAAAUUCUGGAAAUAU